CCGGCCCGGCCCGGCCUGGCCUGGCCUGUCCUGUCCUGCGGCCCCGCCGCCUCACGGCCGCCUCUUCUCUCGCAGCAAAAGGGCGUCGGGAUGAACGAGCCGCUGGUGGACGCGGAGGGGUUUCCCCGCGAUGACAUCGACCUUUACCAAGUGCGCACCGCCCGGCACAACAUCAUCUGUUUGCAGAACGACCACAAGGCCCUGAUGAAGCAGGUGGAGGAAGCUCUGCACCAGUUGCACGCCCGGGAGAAGGAGAAGCACGCCAAGGACGAGGCGGAGGCGUUGGCCGAGGCGCUGAGCCAGCACCAGAGCCUGCCGCAGGCUUUUGCCAAAGUGAACGCCGUCACGCCGGGCUCUCCCGCGAGCGUCUCUGGGCUUCAGGUUGAUGAUGAGAUUGUGGAGUUUGGUUCUGUCAACAUAAACAACUUCCAGAACCUCCAGAACAUCGCCACGGUGGUGCAGCACAGCGAAGGGAGACCCCUGAGCGUGACCGUGAUCCGCAGCGGCAAAAAAGUGCACGUGGGGCUGACGCCGAAGCGGUGGGCCGGGAAGGGCCUCCUGGGCUGCAACAUCAUUCCCUUGCAAAGAUGA